ACUCCGCCGCGAGCGCGCACGACUGGCGCGCGUUCCUCUUGCCCCCGGACGGCGCAUGCGUACUCCGCCAACACCCUUGCUGCGCGCGCAUCCGAAUGCGAACCAACUUAACGGCUUCAGGAGUUUAAAUAUAGCCUCCCUUCAGCCCCCCACCAGAAGCCCACCACCCAAAAACGGACACCCUACUUUCCUUCGCAGCUAUGUCCGGCCCUACUGAUAUCCUUUGUCUCUGCCGUGCGAUCCCACCCACCGUAGGCGGGGGAAGGGGAGCUGGUGUGAAAAGGUCUCCUUGACACCCGACCCUUGUUCCUGAGGAAUGAGUCUCAGCGGUCUCCGCCCGGCUCUAAACCCAACAACCUCCCUGCCCCCGCCUCCUUCCUCCCCCUAGUGGGCAGCGCCUGCGCACAGUGGCCCUUUUGGGCUUGAGCGGGCAAAGUGUCAUUUCUGAGCUGAAUGAUGGCAACACUACAGAAGAAAGAAGAAUGUGGAAAGGGACUAAAGAAAACCUUUGCCCCACCAACACAAAAAUUGCAUAGUAUGAUACCUUGUGGCCCUGAUUUACCCAUGGAAACUCUGGGAAUCAGUUCCCCAGAAGCUGAGGUGAAGCCAAGCCUACCAAAGGCUAGGCUAGAGAAGAAGAAGGAGGAGGAGGAGGAGGAGGAGGAGGCAGCCACAGAGCAUGGUCCAAGUCUUGGCCAGGACAAGAAAAGAAAGGCUCGAGACAAUAAGCCUGCAGAGAAGAAUGAAAAGGAAAAAUUAAUUCUUACCAAUGCAGAAUUUGAAGAGAUUGUCCAGACGGUGCUACGCAAGUCCCUUAAGGAGUGCUUGGGGAUGGGAUCUGGCCUUAAUUUUGCAGAGACUUCCUGUGUAAAGCCUACAAUGUGUAUCCAGUCAGACAAAGAAACAGAAAUUGCUGCUUCUGCUACUGAUGAUGACAUUGCCAGUGGGGAAAGUGUAAUGGUACCUCAGGUGCCAGAGAUUUCAGCUUCUCUGAAAGAUGAAGUUACCCCUGAUAAAGGGGCAUCUGAGCCAGGCCUGGCAAUUCUUGCAUCCUCUGAGAAGAAACAUAAUAGACUCUACUUAAACAAAAGAAAGAAGCAAGCUCAAGAUGAGAAAAUGGAAACAACCCAAAGUGGAAGUGAGUACAGACAGACAGAUCAACUAAAUAACAUGAUUCAGAAUCGUUCUCAGACCCAGACCAGGGUCCAGAAAAAAAGAAAGGGAAGUGGUUUUGGUCAUUGUAUAGUCUGGGUUCAGUGUUCCUUUCCAAACUGUAAAAAAUGGAGGCAGCUGUGUAGGAAUACGGACCCCUCAGUUCUUCCAGAUAAUUGGUUCUGUCACCAGAACACAGAUGUGAAUUAUAAUUGCUGUGACAUUCCUGAGGAGGCCUGGACAGGGCCUGAGAGUGAAGUGGUCUAUGCCUGCUAUGUCCCAGGAUCCAUCGUCUGGGCCAAGCAGUAUGGUUACCCCUGGUGGCCAGGAAUGAUAGAAUCCGAUCCUGACCUGGGGGAAUAUUUUCUUUUUGCUUCUCAUCUUCAUUCUGUGCCGUCUAAGUACCAUGUGACCUUUUUUGGAGAAGCAGUUUCUCGUGCUUGGAUUCCAGUGAACAUGCUAAAGAAUUUCCAAGAGCUAUGCCUGGAACAAACAGGAGUGAAAAAGUGCAGGAACAAGGAAUACCUCCAGAAACUAGAAGUAGCCAUAAUAAUGGCUCACAAAGCACAGCAGACUGGCAUUCAGGAGCGGGUUAACUUGUUUGGUUUCUGGAGCCGAUACUGUGAACCUGACAGCAAUGAAGACUUAACACUGCCGGAGGCUAACAGCCCUAAGCCCUACAUGGAGGAAGAAGAAGAGGAGGAGAAAGAGAAAAAAGACCCAAGUUUGCCUGGUACCAAGUCAGCUAAGAUAAAGACCAAAAACCCUAAGCUGAGAGCAGAUGGACAAGACAAGAUCCCAAAAAAGAAGGUAACCAAGAGACAUCUGGACAGUGAAUCCACAGUACCCACUGUACCCAUAAUGGAAAGAAAAGAAGGGGAAAGGAAACCAGAUCUGAACCAACCAGGAUCUAAGAAGAAAUUUCAAAUUCCCCAAAGCAAGACCUCAGCAGUUAUCCUGUCUGAGGAAAAAGAAGUUAGAAUUGUGCCAAAGGGCCUCAGCACACCAGCUCAUUACGAAGCUUUUCCUUUGGAGGGGAAAGAAAGGUCUAGACCCCAAGAGCCACUGAUUCUGGAAACUAAAAGUGUCUGCCUUGAAGAUGAAGCAUCCAGUGACCUGGACCUGGAGCAAAUCAUGGAAGAUCUUGGAAGAAAAUCACAAUAAAGAGGGGAGCUGUGAGACUGAGAUGAUGCAGGGGCCUUCUCUGUGACCUUCUUUGAUAAAUAAUGAUCUCUUGUUCUCCUCUUUUUCUCUCUAAAGCAACAGGGAGAGCCUGUCCGUUCCAUCCCUGAGACGUUCCCAAGUGUUUGGGUUAUUAAUUGGCUACAAGGUUAAAGAGCUCUGCAGUUUAUGUUAAUAAAGUGGGUUGCGUGUGUGGUUAC